GGUUCAUAGUGCAUCAAACAUGGCGACCCCUUGGUGGAUGGCAUAACUUAUUUAACUGCGAUGAAUUAUAUUAUUCUUAAGGUGUGUGCGUACAUUGAGUGCAAACGUGUGUAAUAUAGUGUGUAUACGCCGUUGGCUGCACCGACAACAUGUUCCAAGCUCUCAGCAGGACUGCACGGGCUCCAGUUGCCCGCAUUCUUGCUCCCCGUGCUGUUCUUGUGGAGACAGUCAGAGGAAGAAAAUCACGCAAUGACCCAAAGGCAAAGUCAAAAGUCGGGAGAAUCAAGUAUCCUCCGCCUGUGGACCCUGAAGAAAUGGUUAUUUUGAAGGAGCGGUUCACUGAGUACAAUCUCAUCAUGAGGGCACUGCGAAUGCAGUUUAAAGAAGAAAUGCUGAGGAAACGCUACGAAGAGGAGACAGGCUCUGUAGCUGAAGAGAGAGCGAAGCAGGAGGCUGAGGAGCACCAAGCACUUAUGGCGUUCAACGACCAAGAGAAUGAACGUCUGCGUAAAAUAAGGGAGGUCCGGGUACAGAUGGAACAGGAGGAGUCAGAACAGACGCAGAUGGAGGUGAUUCUAGAACGGCAGCGAGUACUUGAUGAGCUUGUCAAGGAGAAGGAGAGUGAGAUAUUGAGACUACAGGAGGUGGCAAAGACCUUCAUUACCUUGGAGAAUCUGGACCAGAGGAUCGAAGAUGCACUGGAUAACCCCCGGAGCUACAAUUUCGCAAUUGAUAAAGAGGGACGCGUGGUGAAGCAAACUGUUAUGCAGUGAACAGCAACAAAAACCCACUAAACUGAGAAGGACAAUGACAACAGGGAGAAAAGGAAAACAUUUCCUGCCAUCUGUUGCACACAUCCAUGCAAGCAAUGUCUUGCAGGUGUUGAAUCUCAGUGAAUUGUACUCAUUUCACCCUGUCUCUUGUGUGGCCUUUUGGGUCCAUGUGUAGUGAUAUCUUAUUAAAUGCCAUAUGUGUUUUUGCAUUUAAUGUGUUAUUAAACAGUUUGUUCAGCUGGG